UAAAAUAAUCCCAGUCCCUCCCUUCUCUUCUUUUACAAAAACAAAUUUUAGAAGAGGAAAGAGGUGAUGAACUGAGGCUGUGGCUGUGGCUGUGGCUGUGGCAGUGGAUGUGCGUGUAGGUGUGGCUGUUCUGCUGCAAUGCAAUCGAUGGCUUCGAUGUCUCUAAACUCAUUGCCCAUUCAGCCCCCAUCGCAUCCUCGCAAACUCACUGACCCUUCUUCUUCUUCUUCUUCUUCUUUGGCUCCUCACAUCGGCGGUGCCUUAAAGCCCAUACUAGUCUGUGGAAACCCUCCCACCUUCGUCUCCGCCCCUGGCCGCCGUAUUGUUGCCGUUGGGGAUCUGCAUGGGGAUCUAGCCAAGGCAAGAUGUGCACUUGAGAUGGCUGGUGUCCUGAGUUCUGAUGGACGAGAUUUGUGGACUGGUGGAGAGACGGUAUUGAUUCAGCUUGGAGAUGUAUUUGAUCGAGGUGAAGAUGAAAUAGCUAUCUUAUCCUUGUUGCGUUCAUUGAAUAUUCAGGCAAAAGCUAAUGGUGGAGCUGUUUUCCAGGUCAAUGGAAACCAUGAGACCAUGAAUGUAGAGGGGGAUUUUAGAUAUGUUGAUUCUGGGGGAUUUGAUGAGUGUCUGGACUUCUUGGAGUACUUAAAUGACUGUGAACAUAAUUGGGAAGAAGCUUUUGUUGGUUGGGUUGGUGUGUCUGAGAGGAUGAAAGAUCAGAAAAUGUCCCAAAAUCGUUGGGGGCCUUGGAAUCUAGUGAAGCGGCAACAGGGGGUGAUUGCCAGAUCUACUCUGCUAAGACCUGGGGGUCCGCUGGCAUGUGAGUUGGCACGACAUGCUGUUGUUCUUAAAGUUGAUGAUUGGGUCUUCUGUCAUGGUGGCCUUCUUCCUCAUCAUGUUGCCUAUGGUAUAGAGAGGAUGAAUAGGGAAGUAUCUAAUUGGAUGGGUGGCCUCAGUGAGAGAGACGGUAGUCCACAAAUCCCUUUUAUAGCCACUAGGGGCUAUGAUAGUGUUGUUUGGAAUCGUUUGUACUCAAGAGACAUAUCUGAUCUAAAUGGACAUCAGAUUAAUCAGAUUCAAUCCAUUCUUGAGGAGACAGUGCAAGCAUUAGGUGCUAAGGCAAUGGUGGUGGGGCAUACUCCUCAAACUACAGGAGUCAAUUGUACAUACAAUUGUAGCGUGUGGCGCAUUGAUGUCGGCAUGUCUAGUGGGGUUCUUAAUUCACAACCAGAGGUUCUAGAAAUAAGAGACACGAAAGCAAGGGUGAUAAGAAGCCAAAGGGACACUUGUAGUGAACUUCAGGUGGUUGAUUACGCAUAGAUACAAGAGUCAUAAGGAACACUGUAAUUACUUUAAAUUCAUAGAUGAGGAUGAUGACAAUCUUAGCUCCACAAUCUGUUCCAAUGUUGGACCUCAAAAAGCUAUAAGAACAGAAGAAUUAAACGAUAUAAGGACAAGGCUUUAUGAGAUGGACAAUGAAAUUCAUCAACAUGGUAGAAGGCUUCAAAGGAUGGAGAAGAACUUCAAAAUUAUGAUUUAUGUCAUUGUUUUUUGUGUCUUUUUGUACUUUAUCAUGUAAAUCUCAAACUCUCUAAUGUUAUGACGAAUUUCAUGAAUGUAAUCAAAAACUUCUUUUGUUUUCUGUAUCUUUUUGUGCUUAAUGAUGUAAAUGACUGAGUUGUUAGA